UAUGCUCAAUUCAAAUGUUAUUCAUUGCUUGUUAAAUUGAUAUUUGAGGUGUCAGUGUGUUUAGUACUCAUUUCAAAUCAAUGGUGAGCUGACGUACUUCUUUCUGCCUACGGAAUGACGAAAAUAGUUUUGUUGCUAAUCGCCUUCUGCCACCUACACCUGGCAUUCGCUUACGAUAGCCAAAGUCGCAAUGAAUUUGCUUGGAAUUUUUUCAAAACAAUCGUCACUUAUAAACCGAAUGAGAACUUAAUCGUUUCGCCUACCUCAGUGCAAACCUGCCUGGCGAUGACGUAUAUGGGCUCUGCUCAACAAACUGCAGCCGAACUGCGACGUGUGCUUGCGCUCGAGCGAUUCGCGAGUCUAGAGGCAGUGGCAGCGGAUUUCGGGGAAUUCAUACAAUCAGCAGUCAAGUCGCCCGAGAGUAAAUUGCAAAUGGCUAAUCGUAUUUACGUCGACAGACAACUGCAGUUGGUGCCUACAUAUAAUCAGCUGAUUAGCAGUUAUUUUCGUUCAACAGCUGAGGCUGUAGAUUUCACGCGUAACACGCAGGUCGCGGAUAGUAUUAACAAAUGGGUGGAAACGGAGACACAAGGCAAGAUCAAAAAUCUUAUAGACCCCUCUGUUUUGACGGCCGAUACUGCUUUAGUCUUGACGAAUGCCAUCUACUUCAAGGCGAAUUGGCGCUAUCCAUUCGAUCCGGCGUAUACGGUGCCAAGAGAAUUUAGCUUGAACUCGGUGGAUAAAGUGCGAGCGCGUAUGAUGUAUAGGACUGAUGUGCCGUUGCGUCAUAGCGAGGUAUCGGAACUCGAUCUGGUGGCUGUGGAAUUGCCCUACGAAGGCACGGAACUGCGUAUGUUAAUACUAAUGCCAAACCGGCUGGACGGUGGUGUGGCGAGACUGGAACAGCAGUUAAGUGCGGCGACAGUGCAGCGUUUGCGGGGAUCGCUAAAAGAAAAUACUGUGGACCUUGUGCUGCCAACGUUUAAGAUCGAGUUCGAUUUGAGUUUAGUUGAAACGCUGAAAAAGUUGGGCUUAAAUUUAUUAUUUACUAAUGCUGAGCUGCCAAACAUGGUCACUGGCGCUAGAGGACCACUCUACGUAUCCGAAGUUAAACACAAGGCUUUUAUUUCAGUAGACGAAAAAGGUUCCGAAGCCUCGGGUGCCACAUACUCACAAAUCCUAGAACGCUCUGGUCGCUUCUUCCAACCCAGCAUCAUAGUUAAUCGUCCAUUUGUCUUCGCCAUACUAGAUGAUAGCGCGGUCUACUUCACGGGUCAUGUGUUGAAGCUCUAAGCAGGAAUGAUUUAUUAAUUCGAUGAACAACGGAAUGGCGCCAACUGAAUACGAACGACGGCUGUGGUCUCGCCCAAGAUAAAAGAACACAAUUACAAUUUCACGCUACAAAAUUUAAUAUUCCAAUGCACGGUUGCAUUAGCGGCAACAAAUGACGAAGUAGACUAAAGAACGGUUUGAAAAUAAAAAAUGCAGAAAAUUAAAAAUCAACAAAUGGUUGACUUUUGA